CAUCUAGUUCUCUAGCAGAACAACUCGAACGGGCAUCAAGUUAAGAACACGAAAAGACGAGAACUUGAAUCGAAAUUAAAACGAAUAAGUGAUUCUUUCUGAUUUUUACAUUUUAUUUGAAAAAUACAUAUUCAAAAUGGUUUACGAAAGUGGAUUUACAACCCGUAGAACUUACAGCUCCAGACCGGUGACAACGUCGUAUGCUGUAACGUAUCCGUCUGUUCAGAGUGUGACGCGUGUAUACAAAUCGAGCUAUCCAAUCUACUCGAGUUAUUCCAUCCCAAGACGUGUCAUCAGUGGAACACGCGUUAUUACAUCGCCUGUUCGGGUUGUUACCUCUCCCACCCGAGUUUAUUCGCGCAUUGUACACUCUCCGUCGCCUGUACGUGUUGUGCGUACUACAACACGUGUAGUUACAUCCCCGGAGAGAACGUCUUCCUACACCUAUACCACGCCAUCGACAUACUAUAGUCCGACCUAUUUGCCAUCAACAUACUACUCUUCUGCCUAUAUCCCGACAUCGUAUACAACAUACACGCCAUCGUACCAUUACACCCCAACAACUGUUACACGUGUUUAUGCUCGAUCGGGAUCCCCGAUAAGGAUCACCACAUCUCCGAUACGUUCAACACCUUCCUAUCUGAAGAGACUUCCUCCUGGAUAUGGCGCACGGGCCUUAACUAAUUAUCUCAAUACCGAACCUUUCACCACCUUUUCGGAGGAAACGGGAAGGAUACGUAAUCGCGCGCAAUCAUUGAUGCGGGACUUGCACACUCCCGUCGUUCGCCGUGCACGAAGCUGUACUCCGUUUCCAGUGACUGGGUAUUCUUACGAGCCGACUUCUCAAUUGGCCUUAGACGCCUAUGUUGCUCGAGUUACGAAUCCCGUGCGUCAUGUUGCUAAGGAAGUUCGCAAUAUAUCGCACUAUCCAAAGCCAGCAGUAAAAUAUGUUGAUCCCGAUUUGGAUCCGAAUCGCCCAUCAAGAAAAUUUUCUGCUCCCAGACCCCUGGAAGAUGCUAUUGAUCUGGAAUCGAAGGAGAAGCAACGUCUACGCCAGGAGCGUCUGCUGACUGUAAACGAAGAGGCUGUGGAUAAGCUUGAAGUGGAGAAAAAACGAGCUCAACGGGCUGCUGAUGAAGCAAAGCGUCUUGAAGAGAAGACGAAAAAAGAACGUGAGGCUGCUGCGAAAAAGGCCUUAGAAGAAGAAGAAGCCAAAAAACAGCGGGCUGCUGAAAAAUUGGCCGAAGAGCAACGAUUAAUUCAUGAAGCCCGUCUUGCUGAGGAAGCUCGUCUAGCCGAGGAAGCAGCCCAAAGGGCGGCAGCAGAGGAAGCAAAACUGGCCGAGGAAGCGGCUGCACGUAAAGCUGAGGAAGAACGAUUGGCUGAAGAGGCCCGUCUUGCUGAAGAGGCUCGAUUGGCGGAAAUAGCUGCUCAGAAAGCAGCUGAAGAAGCCAAAGCUGCCGAAGAGGCUGCAGCACGUAAGCUUGAAGAGGAGAAGCACCUAGCCGAAGAAGCUGCCCGAAAAGAAGCCGAAGAAGCUGCCCAAAGAGAAGCCGAAGAAGCUGCUCGUAAAGCUGAAGAAGACCGUCUCGCUGAGGAAGCUCGGCUAGAGGAAGAAAAGCGUGUGCGGGAGCAAGAGCUGAGCCGCCUGGAAGAAAUUGAAAAACAGGCCGAGGAAGAGCGUGAGGGCGAGUUGGCACGCCAAGCAGCCGAACUGGCCGAAAUCGCACGCCAGGAGGCUGAGCUCGUUGCCCAAGAGCUUCAAUCCAUUCAAAAGGAAGACAGAGCUGUUGAUGAGUCCGUCGCCGAUGAGCCCAUCGUUGAUGAGCCCGAGACUCCUGUCGCCGAAACUGAACACGAGCCAAUUAUUGAAUUGAAUUCAAAGAGUGGAGAAACUGCUUUCGUAUUGGAGAACGCUGCCGGCGAAGCUUACGUGGAAGAUGCUGAAUACGAAGAAGAAGAAUAAUCUCUUCUAACAAUAGCCAUUAAUU